AAUAAGUCUUGCAUCUGUCCUUUAGUAUAAGAAUAGAUCAAAGAAGAUCAAGCGGCGAAUGCACUACCUGAAAACACAGAUUCAGAUUUUCAGCGGAUAGUCAUUGCUGAUUGUUAAACUCCAUCGUCCAAUGGCGGCUUCAUCAAAAUCCGAAAAAAUUUAUGACGUCUUCUUGAGUUUCAAAGGCACGGAUCUGCGUAACAACUUCGUCGGCCAUCUCUACCAAGCUUUACACCUGAUAGGAAUAUACACUUUCCGGGAUAGCGAAGAAUUGAAAAAGGGAGACCAAAUAUCACCUACGCUUAUGAAGGCCAUCGAAGAAUCAUGCAUCUCAAUCAUCGUUUUCUCCGAGAACUAUGCUUCCUCAACGUGGUGCUUAGAAGAGGUGUCCAAGAUUAUGGAGUGCAACGAGCAAAAGAACGUCACCGUUCUACCAGUGUUUUAUAAAGUGGACCCAAGAGAAGUGAGAGGGGGCAGAAAGAGUUAUCGGAGAGCUCUGGCUAAGCACGAGUCCAAGUUCGGGAAGGAUUCGGAGAAAGUGAAGAGAUGGAAGAAAGCUCUUUCCGAUGCCGGUAGCUUGUCCGGGUGGCAUUUGAAAGAUGGAGAUGAGUCAGAGCUUAUACAAGAAAUUGUGGAGAAGAUCUCCACUUACCUAGCCCGAACACCUUUGCAUGUAGCUAAGCAUCCGGUUGGGAUAGAUUCUCGAGUUGUUAAGUUGAAAUCGAUCCUAAAUCUCGAGUCUGAUGAUGGUGUUCUCAUGGUGGGAUCAUGGGGACAGGGAGGUAUAGGGAAGACAAGUUUAGGAGAUUGUGCCAUAAAAGCCAUAGUGUUGGCACUACCUGAGCAGACGGAGAUGUGUAUCGGUCCUGAUGCUUUUACAAAAAUGAGAAGGCUGAGAUUGCUCAUCUUGCGCAACGUGCAUGAUUCUUUCCAAGGUCCUAUAUGUCUUCCUAAUGAGUUAAGAUGGUUUGAAUGGCCUGGAUGUGCUGGCCGGAUUCCAGAAUUUUCCUCUGGGCCAAAGAAAUUAGUGGGACUUGAUAUGAGUGAAGGCAAUAUCACAAGAAUCAUAAAACAAUUUAAGGAAUUACAAAAUUUGAAGUACAUUAAUCUCAGUUUUUGCGAUUCGUUGGUUAGUAUGCCCGACCUCUUAUGUACUCCAAAUCUUGAGGAAUUGGCUCUCCAAUAUUGCAAAAACUUGGUAGAAGUCCACCAAUCGAUUGCACAUCAUGAGAAGUUACGAGUGUUGACAUUAGAGGGGUGCUCUAAACUUAGUGUUUUUCCAAAUGUGCUCAAGUCAAAAAAUCUCCAACGUCUUGAUCUUAAAGAUUGCGGAAAUUUUGAAAGGUUCCCUGAUAUUCCACAUAAACUCGAAAGCUUGAAAUCGCUUUGUUUACAAGGGACUGCUAUUAAAGAACUUCCUGCAUCAAUAGAAAAUCUUGUUUCUUUAGAGAGAAUGAUGUUACAUAAUUGCAAGAACCUGGUAAGUCUUCCGUCUAGCAUAUACAAGUUACAAAAUAUGGAAAGAUUGGUCCUUAACGAUUGCACAACCUUAAUUGGGUUUCCAAAGUACGAGGAUUCUGCUGAUGCGUCAAUGAAGAUGGGACUUCCGAGUUUAAAAGAUUUAGACCUUGAGGGAUGUAAUCUGUCUGAGGUGGAGUUUCUUGAGAAUCUUUCCUGCUUUCCCAUCUUGAGACGUUUAAUUCUGUCGAGGAACAAUAUUACUAGCCUUCCAACAUCCUUCGGUAAGCGCAAUCAUUUGUUCGAUUUGGGAGUUAAAGAUUGCUAUCAGUUACAAGAGAUUCCCCAGCUUCCACCAUUUUUGGACGCACUUUGGGCGCCUAAUUGUGAAUCUCUGCAAAAAACUGGAAAUUUAAUUUCAUCUCACGAUUUUGUUCGAAGACGGUUGACCAUGGUUUCCAAUUUCACACCUGGCGAGAAUAAUUGUAAACCCUCUAUUUAUCUCCUUAGAGAAGGGAUGUCAACGUGGUUACGCUCUUUUCAUAUCCCUGGAGGAGAGAUGCCAGAGUGGCUCCAACCUGUUGAAGAGGAAUUCAUAUCUUUCAUGGCUUCAGAGGACUUAUAUAACAAGUUUCUAGCAUUGGCUAUCUGUUUUGUUGUUAGUAAAACAAAAGAGGGAGGACAAAUAAGAAUAGAACAAUAUGUUAAUGGCCAAUUGCGGCGCAAUGGCUAUCAUGGUUGGGCAACCAAUUCGCUGGAUAUGGAUCAUAUCGUGCUUUUGUUACAUCCACCAUCUGCAACAUUUGGAGAAGUUGAUUUUAGUCAAAUUGAUGGGAGUUUUGUACAAUUUAGGCUUACAAUAUCGGGUACAAUCGUGAAAAAAUGGGGAUUCCGAAUAAUAUGUAAGCAACUAGAGGAUGACUUAAAGGUUGGGAUUCAAGAUAAUCAGCUUAUAGAUCCAGCAUUACUCUACGAGGUUGGUCACGACUCAACAAAUUCAGCAGCCGAGAGUUCACAUAUGCACAAAGUCAAUCCGAUCGAAAUAGAUCUACAGAAAGACGAA